AGCAGAAAAACGAGUCUUUGCCGUCAGGUUAAGUGCACCUACCUGACACUUCCUGCUGUCGUCGUUAUGGGUUUUUCCUUUCAUGCGCGUGGAUGACGUUUCUUACAUAUAUAUCACUGCCAUGUUUGUAUGCCUUCAUCAGAUGUAUUCAAUUAGAAUUUCCACGUCCUCCGGCUGAAGCGCUGCGACCUUGGGUAUUAACUCACAUUUGGAGGAAUAUUGGUUGCGGGGUAGUUUAGCCUGCAUACGAUAGGCCUACUACAAAGAUUGGAUUGUGAUUUGGUGGUUGGAGUUUUUAUUUUCGUUUACGCUACCCAGUUGAUACAGCAGUGAGACGCAACAGCGAGGGACUGACCCUCCUAUUUGUAGAGCGCUAUGACAUCAGGCCGGAUAUGAAGUAGACUGUGACUUUGUCACUAAUGCACCUUAUACCACCCACCACUGCGACUUGUAUGCUCUAGUCGGCUGGCCCUCGCUACAUAUUCGUCGCCAGACCCACUGGCUCCAGGUCAUCUACAAGUCCAUGCUAGAUAUGGAUGAGAGGUCAUGUGUGCUGUCCAGCUAAGGGCCUUGGUCGCCCCUCUCCUCCGCUGCAGGUCGUCGUGAGCAUGUACCGUAGGAACGGUCUCUCGGAUGGCGCCAGCAUUAACUCCGCCUCCUCAGUGGGAAGCAGCAGUUCGGACUCUCUGGAUGGGCCGGGCUUGGAUUUCUCCAAGAGUUACGAUGCCGUUGUGUUUGACGUGCUGAAGGUGACGCCCGAGGAGUUUGCUGGUCAAAUCACAUUGAUGGAUGCUCCAGUAUUCAAAGCAAUACAUCCAGAGGAGCUGGCUAGCUGUGGAUGGAACAGGAAAGAGAAACACCGACUGGCGCCCAACGUGGUGGCGUUUACACGGAGGUUCAACCAGGUUAGCUUUUGGCUGGUGAGAGAAAUUUUGACUGCCCAGACGCUGAAGAUCCGAGCAGAAAUACUGAGCCAUUUUGUUAAAAUAGCCAAGAAACUGUUGGAGCUGAAUAACCUCCACUCCAUGGUGUCUGUGGUGUCUGCCCUGCAGAGUGCUCCCAUCUUCAGGCUGAGCAAGACCUGGGCGCUGAUCAGCCGGAAGGACAAGACCACGUUUGAGAAGCUGGACUUCUUAACAUCCAAAGAGGACAACUACACGCGCAUGAGGCAGUACAUCCGUUCUCUCAAGAUAACACCAUGCAUCCCCUACCUGGGCAUCUACCUAUUGGACAUGAUCUACAUCGACUCGGCCUAUCCGGCAUCGGAUAGCAUCAUCGAGACAGAGCAGAGGACCAAUCAGAUGAACAAUUUGCUGAGGGUGAUCUCAGACCUGCAGAUGUCCUGUAAAUAUGAUCACCUGGUGACCCUCCCACAUGUUCAGAAGUAUUUAAUGUCCGUGCGCUAUAUCGAGGAGCUUCAGAAGUUCGUAGAGGACGACAACUUCAAGCUUUCUCUGAAGAUCGAACCUAUGCACGGCUCCCCGCGCAUGGCCUCAUCCAAGGAAGACCUAGCAGGUCCGUCUGAUGUGUCUGCCUCUGUGAGGUACAACUACCGGCGACCCACCUGUCCCGACGCCUCGGUGAUGGUGCACAUGCCCACGCCUCCCCCCUCUCGCCACAGGAAGAGCCAUAGCCUGGGCAACAAUAUGAUGGCGUACGGCAUGGUGGAGAGUAAGAGCGCCACGUUCCCCAUUGAGAAGCCACGCCACCUGUUGGAUGACAGCUUCCUGGAGUCCCAGAGCCCAGCUCGAAAUGACCCACACAGCAUGGCCAUAUCUAACGGGAUGUCUUUAGGCAGCAGUGAAAGCUCCUUCGGCGAGGAACUCUCGCCAGGGAUGGAAAGGGGACGCAUGUAUGCCACACUGGGCCCCAACUGGAAGGUCCCUCUACGUAAUUCACCUCGGAGCCGCAGCUAUGUUUACAGCCCCUCGGGUGCCAACCCGUGCAGCGAGGUGGGCAGUGUUACUAUCGAGGGGCCCCUUCGGAGGAAGACCCUGCUGAAAGAGGGCCGAAAACCCAAGGUAAGGAGGGGUGUGUUUUCUAUCUGACAACUGGUACAUGGUAAGGAGGGAUGUUUCCACUGUCUGACUCCUGGUCCAAGGUAAGGAGGGAUGUUUCCACUGUCUGACUCCUGGUCCAUGGUAAGGAGGGAUGUUUCCACUGUCUGACUCCUGGUCCAAGGUAAGGAGGGAUGUUUUCACUGUCUGACUCCUGGUCCAAGGUAAGGAGGGAUGUGUUUUCUGUCUGACUCCUGGUCCAAGGUAAGGAGGG